UUUGCAGUAUAAAUUAAGAAUUCCACACAUACAUUUUGCAUAUAUCCAUAUAUUCGAUCCAGCCACUUAUAUUCAAACAAUGGAGAGAACUACUUGAUUCUUCCUGGUGCAGUACUGUUGUUGUAUGGCAGCUAGCUUAAUCAUGGCAUCACAAACCAACAUCAGCACAGACCAGUCUGCUCUUCUUGCUCUCAAAGAUCGUAUCACCACUGACCCUCAAAACAUGAUCUUGACCAACUGGUCAACCACCUCCCCUGUUUGCAAUUGGGUUGGUGUCACUUGUGGUGCACGCCAUCAUCGAGUCACCUUCUUGAACAUCUCUUACUUUGGUCUCGCGGGCACCAUUCCUCCAGAACUAGGCAACCUUUCAUUUCUUGUUGAGUUGCUGAUCAAAAAUAACAGCUUCCACGGUCCCUUGCCCCAAGAAUCGGCUCGUUUGCAGCGAUUGAAGUUCAUUAGCUUCAGAUUCAACAACUUUAAGGGUAUCAUUCCAUCAUGGUUUGGGUCCUUAUCAAAACUUCAAGCCUUUGAUUUGUAUGGUAAUCAGUUUUCAGGUUACAUACCAGCUGCCAUAUUCAACUUAUCAGCACUCAAAGUAAUUAAUUUGAGCUAUAACCAGCUAUCAGGUAGCAUACCAAAAGAAAUUGGAAACCUAACAAUGUUGAAGGAGAUAAAGCUUGAUGGUAAUAAUUUCAAAGAACUUCCGAACGAGAUUGGCACUUUGGAUCAGUUGGAAGAAUUGUACCUACAGUUCAAUGCCUUACAAGGGCCUAUUCCUAUGGCUCUCUUCAACAUGUCUUCUUUGAUUAUUUUGACAUUUUUUAGAAACAAUUUGACUGGUAGUCUUCCAGACAAUAUAUGUCAGCAUCUUCCGAACAUUCAAGAGUUGAGUCUAGCUUACAACCAAUUUGAAGGUCCACUUCCAUCCAAAUGGUUGCCAUGCACACAACUUCUUUCAUUACAAUUGGGGAUGAACAGUUUCAGUGGAAGCAUACCCACCGAUAUUGCAAACUUAACCCAAAUAAAGAUGAUUUCCCUUAGUUACAAUCAUUUGACAGGUACUUAAUCGCAGUAUAUAUGUAAUAUUCAAUAAUCGUUUCAUAUUGGUCCUAUCAUUAUUUAUUUCUUAAGUAAUUAAUGUUAGUAAAGAAACUACUUUUCUAAUUGGCCAAAUUAUGUCAGUUUUGUAAAUUACUUUGAAAACUAAGUUAGUUAG